CCCAAACGAAACCAAUCUCAGCAGGGCUUAAUUCAAGUUCGCUCUCUCUUCUCGCACAUGUCGAUUGCCUCAUGUCUCUCGGCAGACAUGCCUACCGGCAUGCUGUACAUUCAGCCUCAUCAUCGUCGGGGUUAAUCGACCACGUCUGGAUCAGCGAUGAUCUGUUGGCGUCGACCUUCCGAAGCUUCGUCAAGAGUCAGCGACGCCAUGCAAGCCGCGUCCCGGGCCCAUUGGAGGCCCGACGACGGCUGGCGAAGAGGAAAAACUGCGCUCUUGCUCCAGUGACCGGUGCGCUGCCACCGGAUCCCCAUCUGUUUGGGCGCGGUGGCCGACAACAUUUGCUGUGGAACAGCGAUCACGCGCCCGCAUCUUCACCACUAUUUUCUCCAUAUGAUAACCCACACUCGGUUGAACCCGAUCAGGGGGAGCAUACUCGCGCUGCUACGACGAGGAUAAUUGGAUAUGGACUUCAAUCAGGGAUUUCGCACUACGAUUUACACCCUCCGCUCGCUCCAAUUGCGCCUUUGUCGGGCGAAAACGAAACGUUAGAUCCGGGCGGGUUUGUCGACUUGGGCAGCUCAUCAGAAGCCGUUCCUUCUCCUCCUCCUUCUUUACCAACCGACGGCAACAUGAACGAUACGGCCGGAUUCGUGGACCUGACUAGCUUGGCAGAAUCCGAGCCUGGACCUGAGCUUGGUUCUUCAGGGCGCGAUGUCGAGGAUUCCGAUCUGGGUGGAUAUGGCGACCCGGCCGACUCGUUUUAUACCUCUCUUUCUCAACCACGCGGCAGCGAGGUGAAUAAGCCAGGCACCUGUGUUGACUUGUCAGCGGAGCCUGCGUCUUCACACCCUGACAGUGAUAUGGUCGACUCAAGCGGAUUUGUGGACCUCGUUAGCUCUUCUGCGUCUUCUCCCAAGCGGUCCAAGCGUGACCUUUCACAUCUAGUUGACCCGAACGGUUUGCUUAUCGAUGUAGCCCGCUUCUCACAUGCUUCGCUUUCUCCGCGCGACCCCGUGGUCACUGAUCAGAACGGAUUCGUUGAGUUGAACGGCCUAUCAGAACCGGCGGAUGAUAGCAAAGUCCUUCCCUCCAAAGAAAUUUUGACGAAGCGUUUGGAAACCUGCUCAUCACUCGAGGCGGUCACGAACUUGAUAAGUGCGAUGAAUAUAGAUCUUCAGCAUGAGCCUGGCUACAGUCGCAUAGUAUUCGAUCAUUACUUUUCGCAGCUUGCGCUGGGCAAAUCAAACGCCCAGGAGCUGUCUCUGUUUCUGGAUCACCGGGCACUUAACACUCCAGGAGCUGGGGCUUUCCCAUUUGUUGCAAAGUACAUUAUUCAACCAGCGACAGACUCACGAGAGCGUGCUGUAUUGUUUGCGAGCAUGCUCAGGGCUAUCAGAGUCGGUGCGAUAGUUCCGUCUGAGCUUCGGGAAGUCAUCGGGACCCUGCAAAAGUUGCCGGAUGUGGGGGUCGCCACGACGGACAGGCCGACAGUCGAGACACAACACAAUAGCCCAAGCGGCGUGAUGGAAGCAUACCAGAAAAUCUGUGAUGUUCUUGAUUCCACAGCGAAGGGCGGUAAAUACCCGAGUCUGGACGAGGACACAGCCAAUCUAUGGCUUAAAAUCAUCUGGGAGCGGAAUGUACUUGCUGAGUUGAGGCUGGCACACAGGAUCCUGGCUCGUGCUCGGCAUCUUCGUUCCACCUGUGCCUUCUGGGGGCCCCGGUUCAUCAUCCGCUGGCUUGGACUUCCGGACGAGCUUCGGAGUGAAAUCGUUCCCUCCUUCACAACUUUACUCUUCCAAAGGUUUCACUACAAUGCAGUAGGUGCAACUAUCAUAUCGGUUACAGAGUAUCUAGUUUUGGCUCAGAAGCAGCAUCUGCUUCCCAGGUGGCACGACUGUUUGACCUCUAUCCGCACGGUCAGAGACAUCCCUAGGGCAGGGGCGUGGGUCGACGCACGGUCACAAAUUCCAGCAGGAUCGAGUCAUUCUGGGUUGUCAAUCCAACAACGCUUCCUUCUGCGCCUUUGGGUCUUCCGUGCUCUGAACUUGAGUCAUGCAGCCGGCCCAACUUGGGAUAAGAAGCCUCAGAUGAUAGGGAUAAGGCAUCUUAUACAUUCUGACUAUGUACGGCCGAUUGAGAAAUGGGGGGCGCGAGUCCUCAGCCUUUACCAGGCUUGCCGAACGAACCAUAAGAAGAAAGACCUCGUGAGCAGUAUUUUAGAUGAUGCGCGUGAGUUGGAGCUGCCUGCCAAUGGAAUCACAAUCUUGGCCCUUUCAUACCAGACCAGAAAUGCCCUCAACAAAACCACUAGGGCGGCUCUGCAAGCUUUAGAGACGUCGGACGUCUCCUUCAACGAUCUGUUUCGAGACUUUGAAACGCCCUACACUCUCCUCCUUCAGUUCGCACGCGCCUUUUCGAAGAUAGCGCGGGAGAUAGACAUCGAAUCGCCGUCUUUCAUGCAGCGCGCUCUAGAGCUGGCCAGAAUUGGAAACCGGUCAGAAGUCCAACUGUUGUUUCGGAUUUUCGACUGGCAUGUACCCCUCAAGAUCGCCCUGGCGAGGUCAUGGCAGCCUCCUCCCGAUCCUUCCCAUCAUGCGCUCGUGGUCUACGAGCCUCGGGACAGCAGAAGGCACCCCGAUCCUCACGCCGCGCUCAAUAUGAUAAACACUUUUGCGGUGGCUCUGUCAUGUUCACAGAGUCUCACCCCGCGGCAAUCCUAUCGAUUGGUUUGUUGGCUGUACGUAUACUUGAUGAGGCAUCAAGCACCUGUGCAACCGAUCAUUGUCCGCGCUAUGUAUCAUGCUGGCGUCGUGCGCGCCCGACGAGAAAUGAGAGGCAUGUUCUGCGAGGCGCAGUUCAAGUACAUCAUGCAAAAGGUACAACAGGUCGAGUCGCCGGAGGUUGUGAGAGCGUUGAGAGACCCGAAUUUUGUGUGGAGGAACCAAGGAAGCGACUCGGUUGCUGGGAAUUAAUGCCUACCUUCGAGUUGGGUUUACAUGCACUGGAGAUCUUAUUCCGCAUUAUUAGGUAGGUGUGGUUCGAGGCAUGCUGGGACUGUUAUUCUGUAUCGCUUUCUCAAAAUGUUCUACAUUUUCUACAAGACGUAUUAUACCCCUGGUUGUAUAUAGACACUCUUUCAGACUCUUUCCUCCGAGUA